AUGAAAGGGCAUGUGCUGCUGCACCAGAAGACAUUUUUCAACGAUUCCCCUCGGCUCUUCUCAACAUCGAACAUUUGCGCCGAAUGUUGUUUGAAGGCCCACCUACCAAGAUAUUUCCCUUCAACGCGUCGGGCACUGUCUACAAGCAAGCGAAACCAUACAGCAUGGGGCGCUGCUGUUGCUGCUGUGCAGAAUACAGUCUCCGAAGUCCUUCCUCAUCGGAAAGCCCCUGCUAACAUCACCAUCGAUCCUUUAAGGAUCGUUGCGAAGGAGUUGAAGUUUUUGAACAAGAACAUCAGGCAAUUACUAGGCUCAGGGCAUCCUAUACUUGACACGGUGGCCAAGUACUAUACCCAGAGCGAAGGGAAGCAUGUUCGGCCUCUACUUGUCUUGCUUAUGUCCAGGGCAAUUGCUGCUGCCCCAAAGCGUACCAGGCGGGACACCCUCAUUCCAGACUCUCGCGCAAUAGACACCCCAAUGUCGCCUCCCAAAGUCCUAUACGACGCCAAUCCAGAUCAAGCUGGUCAUACCCCGAUCACGGGUCCUUCAUAUGAAACCGAUUAUUCAUUUCCCAACGACGGUUCGAUUUUACCUUCACAGCGACGACUAGCUGAGAUAACAGAGCUGAUACACACCGCGUCACUUUUGCAUGACGACGUCAUUGACCAUUCUACCCUUCGGCGUUCCGAGCCCUCCGCAAAUAUCCUCUUUGGGAACAAGAUGGCCGUGCUGGCAGGUGAUUUCUUGCUGGGAAGAGCGUCGGUCGCAUUGGCGCGUCUCCGAGAUCCGGAGGUCACAGAGCUGCUAGCCACGGUCAUUGCUAAUUUGAUUGAAGGAGAGUUCAUGCAGCUGAAGAAUACAGCGCUGGACGAAAAGGAGCCCAGAUGGAGCGAAGAAAAUGUUUCCUACUAUUUACAGAAGACCUACUUGAAGUCUGCAAGUCUGAUCAGUAAAAGCUGUCGAGCUGCAGCAUUGCUUGCACACAGCGCUCCUGAAGUUGUCGACGCAGCAUAUGCAUAUGGACGGAAUUUAGGUCUAGCUUUCCAAUUGGUGGAUGAUAUGCUAGACUACACAAUUAGUGGAUCAGAGCUGGGUAAGCCUGCUGGCGCUGAUCUAGAGCUUGGUCUCGCGACAGCACCUUUGUUGUUUGCUUGGAAGGAGAGACCGGAACUUGGUCGACUUGUGGGAAGGAAGUUCAUCGAGCCAGGGGAUGUUGAUGAGGCCCGGAGUAUCGUGCUUCAGACUGAUGGUCUGGAGCAGACCCGAGCGCUGGCUCAAGAAUACGCCGACAAAGCCGUUUCAGCAAUAAGUUCUUUUCCACCUGGUGAAGCCAAGGACGGUCUAGAGGAGAUGUGUAUUAAAUUGAUGAAGAGAAGGAGAUAA